UCUAUUUAGUUUGUUGCUGUUCCCUCCCCUUUCCCACCACCGGCACACAUACAUUUUCCCCUCCUCAGCGCUGGAAAUAGGAAAGAAUUUAUAAAAUGCUCAUUAGCUGAAAGCAGCCCGGCUGGGUCAAAACUAAGUGGGGGCACUGCUUCCAACUGCACAGCAAGGUGGAAGGAUUAAGAUGGAGUACCAGGUUAAUGAAAGCAUGAGGUGGCUCUUAGGCAGCAGCUGGAGAAAAUACGGACACGCGGACAGGGGAAAUUACAACUGGUUAACCAGCGAACCAGGUGUGACACUUCUGGAGACACAACUGCAGAGCAGACGUCAAAUAAGCUCAACCAAAGAUGACAUAGAGCCAUUCUUAUGCAUCAUUCUGCCUGCCACCAUGAUGCUCUUCCUGGCAUUCCUGCUGCUUUUUCUAUACCGCCGGUGCCAGCGACCCAGCCCCCAGAGGCAGAUCUUCAGUAUUGACCUCCCAGAGCCCUUGCCCGAGCGUGACGUGUCAGAUUUCCUUUCAGUGCUUCCCUGGAACAAUGAGCAGAACUUCCAUUACUCCACCCUGCUCCCAGAAGCCUCUUCCCUCACGCUGUGCUUGCCUCCAUCAUAUGAGGAGGCUACCAUGAAAACCUCUAUAGGAGAGGCUCGGAGUGACCACUCUCAGGAUCCGGUGCCUCCUUACGAAGAGAGCAUGCACUGUUCAAAUAGUACAGCAACUCUACAAGAAAACACCCAUGGAUGAAGCUUACAACCCACUAAAGGCACAAAUGUGGGAUGGUUGGUAAUUUGGCAAGAGAGUUUCCAAACGAACAAACACCACCAGAAAUUAGAGGACAAUGAUGCUUGGGUUGAUACGGCAUUACUUUCAUCAAAACAUUUCAAGAUGCAACAUAUCUAUCCUCCAUUCAUAGCAGCAACCACAUAAUAGAACACCAAGUUGAUACAGGCUGGUAAAAUAUCUGGAUAUAAACUAAAUGAUGUACCUCAAAAACGGAACUAAACUGAAGGACAUUCACUUGGGUUAAAGAGUCAAGUCUGGGACACGAGGUUUGUCAGACAGGCCAAAUGUGCUAUAUAUUUGCCAACUGAAGAAAGGGCUUUUAUUGCAUAAAUGUAUUUCAUUCUGUGCUUUUUUCUUCUUUUUAAUGGAAUUGCUGGUCUUUCCAUUAAUGUAAUUUGGAUGUGUAUUAACAUAAAUACAGCAUUCUGCAAGUGCUCUAGCAAUGGUUGUAGCUCUCAGGAAAGUAAACAAGAAGCAAGACCUAUAAAGUAUCAGUAAAUCAAUCACCACGAGCCUCAAGAGCUGGCCAGAAGUUGAAGUCUGGCUUUCAUUGCAACAAUACCAGAGUUUAUGUAACAAGCACAAGAGGCUACAGAAAACUCAGCUAUUCUGAGUUAAGAAAAAAAGUCAGGCAUCAAUAUAACUAGAGACACAGCAGGAUAUUCAUGCAACUGCCACUCUAAGUUGUAUGGGACUUACGGUUAUACUUUGCUGUCUUAUUUAAAAUUUAAGAAUAUUAAACCUUGUAAUCUUCAGUGCUGACAUGAGAUGCAGCACAUAGA